AUGAAGAUGCCAGCCUCUUACCUAAAGUGUUCUGUUGUUGGUGAUGCUCAGGUUGGCAAGACUUGCCUUACCAAAGUGUUUGUCGGAGAGAAGGGUGAAGAGGAAUACACUCCCACCAUCUUUGAAAAUUACUCUGGGGAAACAGUAUGCAGAGGAAAAAAAGCCAGACUCUCAAUCUAUGAUCUACCCGGUCAGCAUGAUUUUGAUCAGAUGCGGAAAUUUGCCCUCAAAGAUAGUAAUGUCAUAAUCAUUUGUUACAAUGUUCAGAAUAGAAAAUCAUUCGAAAAUGUUCAGUCUGUAUGGAUUCCAGAAAUACGCCAGUUUCUGGGAAAGUCGGUGCCCAUUGUUCUUGUGGGAAUUCUUUUGAACAAGAAACAGGUCAAAAGUGUUUCAAGAAGAGAGGCCGUUAGAGUUACCUCCCAAAUGCAACUUCACGACUACUUUGAGAUAUACUCUGGUGAUUAUGUUGAGGUCUCCUGUCUGUUUUCGCGUGUCGCAAAUAUUGCCAAGAAAACAAAGAAGAGAAAGUCCUCUUUCCUCAGACGCAUUUUUGUGAAAUGACAUUUGCGAUAACCGUUUGAUCCAACCCAUGGAAUCAAGGCAUCAUUUUUCCUUAAAGUUCAGCUCCUUGGUACCAGAUUUAGAGAUGGUGUUGACAAGCGAAGAAAAAGUCGCCUUAAACUGCAUAAUGAAGCCAAGAUGAAAUGAAUAAAGUAGACUGGAAUUAGUGUAGAGGACAGGAACAUGUUCAACAUGUUGAAAAACAAUAUGGUACAAUCAGAGCUGCCUGAGGUUAAAGAA